CAACAUUUUGUAAAGUGUUAAUUAAAUUGAUUGACAAACUUAUUCAAUCGUUUAUUUUAUAGUGUGUGUAACCUCAUAGUUACUACAGUGGUGAAAUCCGACGUGAACAUGGGACCGAAACUGGACGAAUCAAGUGGAAGUGUGCCUUCUAACGAGGCAAGUGCACAAACGCCUGCAUCUGAAGGAAGCUUGGCGAGGGAUACCGGCGAUGUAUUCAGGGUGGGCAUUAAGGUGCCGCCAUUUUGGCCGGAGGAACCGGACAUUUGGUUCGCCCAAAUAGAGGGCCAAUUCGACUUGCAGAAAAUAACAAGUGACUCGACGAAAUUCAAUUAUGUUAUAAGCCACUUAGAUAACCAACAUUCGCGAGCUGUGAAAGAUAUUAUCGUCAAGCCACCUCCAGAGCGAAAAUAUGAAAAGCUGAAAACAGAAUUAAUACGGAGGUUAAGUGACUCGAAGGAAAAGAGGAUCAAACAGCUAAUGAUGCACGAGGAGCUUGGAGAGAGGAAGCCGUCCGAGUUCCUGCGACACCUGCAGGGGCUGGCUGGCGUCAGCGUGGACGACGACUUCAUGAAGAACUUGUGGAUUGGCCGCCUGCCGCACGGGAUCCAGACGGUGCUCGCCGGGCAGCCCAACACUUCGACGUUGGAGGACCUCGCAGACCUGGCCGACCGGGUCAACGACCUGGCCACCGCCGCGCCGAGGGUCGCCGCCGUCAGCAACCCAGUCCCCGGUUCGGCGUUAAGUGAUCUCGCCCGGGAGGUCGCGGAGCUUCGGCGAGAGCUGCGCGAGAUGAAGAUGGGGCACACGAGAGCCCCCAGGUCCCGCGCGUCAUCAUCAUCGCGACGCGACCGCAGCGGCUCUGCCUCUAGACGUCGUUCCCAGUCCAACUACAGGAAGUAUCCAGUGUGCUGGUACCAUAGCAAAUUCGGAGACCAGUCGACCAAGUGCAACCGGCCGUGUGACUACGCCGCGGCGGAAAACGGGAAGGGCGGUCUGUAAAUGCGGCCGACGAUUGCCCUCCACCAUCAAGAGGCCGCCUGUUCGUGACUGACCGAUCUUCGAAGGCGCAGUUCUUGGUCGACACAGGUAGCGACCUCUGCGUCUACCCAAGAGCGUCAACGUUCGGCGCCGCAAACAGAGCAAUGGCGGCGAGCGGCGCUCGCGCCGGGAACGCCUCUCCCGCUCUCCCGCACAACCAGUCCUGGCUCGCCCGCCAUUACGAUACCACGCGAUCACGCAGCUCGAUGCGCAUGUUAAGUACCUACUUGAUGUAACGACUCGGUGCCCUAAAUAUUAUAAU